AACAAUCACUUUUCCCAAUUCAGUUUUCUUCCCUUUGAUGCGAAUAUGCUUCCUGUUUGAUAUGAAUUUAAAUCUUCAUUUCUAGAAUCUUCAGUGCGCCGCAGUUUUCCUGUAAAAUGGAAUUGUUUUUUCUUCUCCAACAUUAAACUGUUCUUAUCCCUAUAGACCAUAUUCUCAAAAAUACCAUGGAUUUGAUUUUAUUGAGUAUCAUGAUGCAGGGCAAUUAAUUGCUUGAAUUGCUGUCAGAUAUUUGGUACUCAUCCAAUUUCUCUCUUUUCUGAUAGUUUCUUGAGUUGCAAUUCGAAGGAAUCCAUGACAUCUGAGAGGGAAUCUUUUGACCUCUCAGGACCUUUGCAUCUGACUAAUGUCCUCUGGGAUAACUCGAAUCAUCGGAAGGCUGUUGCUGCUAGUUUGGUCCAAGGUGUUUACAUUCUGGAAAGGGACAGACAAGAAAAACGUGAAGGUUCAAAGGCUCUUGCACCUCCUUGGUGGACAUUCUUCCAAUUUAAGCUGCUCCGUCCGCUUGUAGAUGAUGUUGAUUCGUCUCUCUUUGGAGCAAUUUAUGAGUUCAGGCCUUCAAAUUCUCAGCAGAAUGAUACUAUAUAUAAAAGUCCACGUUAUGUGAUUGCCUUUAGAGGAACUCUAAACAAAUCACACUCAGUUUCACGUGAUAUUGAGUUGGAUAUCCACUUGAUCAAACAGGGCCUUCAUCAAACUUCUCGCUCUGAAAUAGCUAUUCAGGCUGUUCGAAACAUGGUAGAAACGGUUGGUGAUUCAAAUGUUUGGUUGGCCGGACACUCCCUGGGAUCAGCAAUGGCAAUGCUCACUGGGAAAACAAUGGCCAAGAAUGGGAUAUUUAUUGAAUCUUUUCUUUUCAACCCGCCAUUUGUAUCUGCUCCAAUCGAGAGAAUCAAGGAUGAGAGGGUGAAACAUGGGAUUCGAUUUGCGGGCAGUGUGAUAACUGCUGGACUCGCCUUUGCCUUGCAAGCCAAGCAGUCCAAGGAUUUAGCUGUUGAUCCAUUUGCUGCUUUGGCUGCAUGGGUUCCAUGUUUGUUUGUGAAUCCCUGUGAUCAUAUCUGCUCAGAAUACAUUGGCUACUUUGAACACAGAAGAAAAAUGAAUGACAUUGGAGCAGGAGUCAUUGAAAAGUUAGCAACUCAAAAUUCGCUUGGUGGCCUAUUGAUGAGUGCAUUUGGGAAGGAAUCUGAACCCCUCCACCUCAUUCCUUCAGCUUCUCUCACAGUAAAUGUUACCCCUUCACGCGAUUUUAAAGAAGCUCAUGGUAUUCACCAAUGGUGGAAAGCUGACUUGCGGCUAGAACACAAGCUCUACAAUUACACCUAGCUCCUGUACAUAUCUACUGUCAUACAUGUCAGUUAAUUCUCUAACCCCAUUCAGAUAUCUCAGUAUUGUUUAUCUGUUAUCAGUCCUCUCGCUCCCUCUUCUGUAUAAAGAGUUUAAUGAAUUAACCAUCUUCUG